CCCCCGCUCCCCGCCCCCAGCUCCCGUCUCCCUGCUCUGUAGAUUCUGUCGCCAUUGUCGACAGGCUGUUCGGUCAGAGCGUCUGUCUCUCUCCCCUCUCCUCCGUAAACUGUCGUUUUCUCCUGGUAUAGUGCAGUUUGCAGCUUGGAACAUGUGUAGUGUUCUGCAAGCUGACAGUAGAAAAAUGGACAUGUUGAAGAUUUUGCAUAAAACAACAGAACACCUAGAAUGUGAUCACUGUAAUUUCAGAGGCUCUGAUUAUGAGAACAUACAAAUUCAUAUGGGUACUAUUCACCCUGAGUUCUGUGAUGAAAUGGAUACUGCAGGAUUGGGGAAACUUAUAUUUUACCAGAAAAGUGCAAAGCUAUUCCACUGCCACAAAUGCUUUUUUACCAGCAAAAUGUACUGUAAUGUCUAUUAUCAUAUCACGGCACAACACUCAUUAUCAGACAAACAGAAGGAAAACCAGAAAAGUGUGUUGGAAACUGAAUCCCUCAAAAAGCCUGUCUUUGUGGAACCCCAAAAGCCUUCUCAGUCUCCUGAAACACAAAAAUGUACUGGGUCUCCCGAUUCUCAAAAGCCUGCUCCCCCUGAACUGCUAAAGUCUGAUGUGGGACUACAUUCCAAGACACAGAAGCCUAUUUCAACAACAACCAUUGAACAUCAGAAAUUUGUUUCGGUUGCAUGUUUGGAGGCACAAAAACCUGCUCCUGUUGUACCAGAACUUCCAACUCCUGUUCCACUUGUGUCCUCAGAAACAUUGAAACCCCCUCUUUCUGUCACUCCAGAACCACUGAAGCCUGCUUCAGUAGAGACUGCAGAGAUACCAAAAUCUCUCCCUGCUUUAUCAUUAGAGCCACAGAAACCUGUGACACCUACAUACAUUGAAACACAAAAAUCCUUCCCUGUUGUAGAAUCAGAAAAACCUGCUUCCUUUAUAUCUUCAGAACCACAGAAACCCAUCCCACCUCUAUCGCCAGAGGCCCAAAAGUCUGCUCAGCCUGCAUCUCCACCUGUGGUUAUGUCUGAAACACAGAAAUUUGCUCCAGCUGUGUCUCCAGAGCCCCGCAGGCACUCUCCGACUGUAUCUCCAGAGCCCCGUAGACACUCCCCUGCUGUGUCUCCAGAGCCCCGCAGGCACUCACCAGCUGUGUCUCCAGAGCUUAAGAAACCUAUUGCUGGUCUAUCCACAGAACCUCGUAGGCAUAUUUCUCAAAUGAGGAGGCCUGCUUCAGCCCUUUCACCUGAACCACGUAAACCUGACCCUCCACUGUCUCCAGAUCCCUGGAGACCUGUUCCAGAAACCUGGCGAUCUGCUGGUAGUAUUUCACAUGAACAGCAGAAAUCUAUCACUAUUUCACCUUGGUCCCCAAAACCACCUUCAUCAAUGUCACUUGAGCCCAGGAAACCUGCUUCAGAACCCCGAAGGCCUGGAAAUAGGAUGACCCCAGAAUCUCAGAAGUUUAUGCCGGAUACUUGGAAAUCUACCUCCAUGCCUGAAUCUCCAAAAUCUAGUCUUGCUUCCUCAGAACCAUGGAAACCCAUUUCUUCUGUUUAUCCUGAAGGUUGGAAACCUGUUUUGUCUCCUGACACAUGGAGGCCAUCACCAUCUGUAGCACCACCUGCUCCUCCUCCAAUGCCUGCAGAGCUGAGGAAACCUGCCCCCCCUAUGUCAUCUGACAUUUGGAAACAGCCCUUCUUUUCUGAGCAACGUAAGCCUGCUCCUCCUGUAUCUCCUGAUCCUUGGAAAUUUUCCUCCGAGUCCAGAAAAUCUCCUUUCUUUCCAGAGACUCAAAAGCCAACUACUUUUGUUUCUUCUGAGUUGCAGAAACGUGCUUUGUUUUCUGAAUCCCGAAAACGGGCCCUAUUUCCUGAAUCCAAAAAAUCUGUACCUCCUGUUUCCACAGACACACAAAAACGUUCGUUCUUCCAUGAAGCUCACAUACCUUUUCCCGAAACCCCAAAACAGGUUGUAUUUUCAGAAUCUCAUAGACCAACUCCUGUCUCCCCAGAUGCUCCAAAGCAUUCCUUCUUCCCAGAUUCUCAGAAACAUGCUGCUGUUUCUCCUGAAAUUCAGGAGCAUGCUCCCUUCUCAGAUUCUCAGAAGUCACCUAGUCUCUCACAUGAAUUGCUAAAGUCUCCUGCAGUUUCUCCUGAAAUCCAGAAACAUGGUACCUUUGCUGAACUGCAGAAGUCAUCUCCCGAUUCCCUCGAGAAACAAAGUUUCUUUGCAGAACCCCCAAAACAUUCACUUUCACCUGAGAUCCAGAAAUCAAUUCCUUCAGAUCAGAAUCCAAUACAGAAUACAGAUACCCACAAACCAGUUGAAGCAACAGGCACAGAAGUUCACAAAACUAUCAAUGAUUUCAGUCAGCCUGCUGCACCUGUUUUUUCAGACUUGCAAACUCAUAAUGAAUCUAGUAAUAAAGAUUUCUUUACUGAGCCUCCCGAAGGAGAAAAUCCAUUCAGUAGUUUGUUAAUUCCAAAAGAACAGCCCAUACAACCCAAGGAACCUACAGAAGAAAUAUAUACCUGUCCAAAGAAGAAAGCCAAGAAAGAAAAUCCAGAGAUUUCUAAUACAGAGUUAAAUAGCAGUGAAAGUGGAAAUACUGAGAUGGAAACAUCAGACAUAAAGGAACAGGAAUCCAAUAGUGAUCAGGAACAAUUUGAAACAGAGUCUCUUGACCAAAAUAAAGAAACUAAAGUUGAUACUACUCCUACUCAGCCUCAGUGUGUGUUGCAGUUUACAGAAGAGAAGGAAGCUUUCAUCUCAGAAGAAGAGAUAGCAAAAUAUAUGAAGCGUGGCAAAGGGAAAUACUAUUGUAAAAUCUGUUGCUGCCGGGCAAUGAAAAAGGGAGCUGUUUUGCACCAUUUGGUUAAUAAACAUAAUGUGCAUAGCCCAUACAAAUGUGAUGUGUGUGGAAAGGCAUUUCUUUUGGAAUCUCACCUUAAGAAUCAUGUUGCUGCUCAUAGUCAGAGUUUGCUUAAAUGUCCACGUUGUAAUUUUGAGUCGAAUUUCCCUAGAGGGUUUAAGAAACAUCUAACCCAUUGCCAAAGCCGCCAUAGUGAAGAAGUCAAUAAAAAACAGUUGGAAAUUGCUUCUGAGCCACCUAAUCAGAGCCAGCAGAGUGAAGAAGCUGGUAAGGUGCCAGAGGAGAAUGCUGAACCAUCAAAAGAAUUCCUUAAUGAACUGCAAAGUGAAUGAAUUUGGUUUUGAAAAUUCAGAAAUUCCAAAUAUAUUGCAUUGGCAAUGAAGACACUGAUGCUGAAUUUCAGUGUAUAAAACUAUGUCUGCAUACAGUAAAUGUGAUUGCAACAAUUUGAUGCAUCGUUAAAUGCAUUUAAGACACUAAUUAAUUAAACAGUUUUGUGUUUGCUUAACUGUGUUGCAAUGUAACCUUUAUAAUUACCAAAAUAGCAGCACUACUGCCAAAUUAAUAAGCUUGUUCUAGAUUGCACAGAAUGUCACUUUUAAAACAGAAAGGAAUAAAAAUGGAAAAUACUCAGCUGGAAAAGUGAAAUUCUAGCAAUUUAUCCAACCAAAUCCAAUUUUGUAUUUUGAGAAGCCUGAAACAACAGGGGCAUCACCAAAUGAAAUCACAUUAAACCUUGCAUGAAAUUAUCUUGUUUGCCUGCAGUUGUAUGUUGUUAUGAUUUUUAAUAUGUACUUGAGUUCCCAUUUCAAUGAAUUGCUUGCUUAGGUUAUUGAAAUAGUUAAGAUUUUUCUUGCUGUAUUUGGAACACAACCUGUGUGAAAUAACUAAAGUACCGUCAAAUGUAUUGGAAGUGUAUAUGUGUUGUCUUGCUUUUAAGGAAUUUUCAUUUAACAAUAAAAAAAUUUGUGUUUUGGAAUUA